AUGGCUGACAUCGAGCGAGAGCGGGCCGUUCUCGACUUCUACCAAAUAUCAUCGCUAAAACCUGAAACGCUGGUCCAGUGGCCAACAGAGAAAGACCGCGACAGCGACGCCUCCGAAGAUGAGAGUGUCAAGAAAAAGGCGAACAGGAGGAAGUCGAGAUACCAGGCAUUGGAAAGGGCUGUGAGCACCAGGAGUAGCUUCGUCCCUGGUUCUGAGACUUCAGGGAGUGGUGUUGCGAAUUUGGUGCAGCGAGACGAGCCAGACCCCCUAGGAUCAACCGACAGUGUUGUUCGGACAUUGAAACAGCUGGGGGUUCCUCUUCAAGAUGACUUGAAGCUUCGCAACCGAUUCCUCCUCUCCUCGACGACCUUCUCCCCAGCGCUCUUCCUAUCCCAAAUGCACGCCACAGCCGAUACCCAAUCCCUCCUCAGCGGUCUAGACAUACUGUCUCGAUCGAUCGACCAAAAAUCCGCCUCCCUGAAAGUGCUCGUCGAAUCCAACUUUGAGCGCUUCGUCCGCGCCAAAGCCACCAUCGACAAUGUCUACAAAGAAAUGAAAUACCGCGGGGUUGAUCCCACGCCGCCUCGGGCCAGGGCGCACUCUCGACAUGCCAGCAGGAAUAGUUUUCGGAGUGGCAGCGGUGCGCCCAUGACGAGCCCCCUGAACCCUGCGACGGACCCUAGAAAGAAGAACGCUUUGGCGAAAGAAAGCGAGUACGGUAUUUUGGGUAUCAAAGCGCCAUUGCUUGAUGUAUCGGCCAAGGCAGAGGAGGUUUGGGGGCCAGCUCUCGGUGGCCGGGAGAAGGAAGAGCAUUUGAAAACUGUGGCCUCGUCGCUGGAUAGCUACAAGGAGUAUGUUGAGAUCAGUGCAGCUAUCGCUGACAGCAUCAAGCGCAAUGAUCACGAAUCAUUGGUGGAGGAAUACACAAAAGCGAGAAGAUUUGCCGAACAAGCAAAGCAGCUCGCGCAGGAACUCGAGGGGUCGCAGCCAGAUGAGGACCAGGUGUAUCGUAUCGUACUGGCAGCGCGCAUGUGGCAUGACGUGGAGGAACAAAUCAGCAACCUCAAACGUGAUAUCUGGAGGAGCUUGGUAUCUCCAUACAACAUGGCAAAGCCAGACUCUGGGAAGUCGGGUGACCAGCAUAUGGAACUGAUCACCCUCCUCCUGGAGCUCGGUGUGGAAGACAACCCCAUUUGGGUGUGGCUGCUCAGUCGUUACGACUACUUGAAGAGCAAGAUUCAGUCGACGACGGAGCGGUCCAAGGUCGAGAUUGAGAUCCUGAGGCGCCGUCUUGCCAAUUCUGAGAAGCCGAGCCCUCAGACGAUUGCUUCUCAUAUGCGAACUCUUGGACGUCAAUCCCUCGAAUCAAAGACUAAAACCUUUGACUCCCCUGACAUUGCCGAGUUGUGGGAGCUCAACGUGGCUUAUAUGAGCAACUUGCUCUCCUCUCAGGGGAUUUUGGGAGAGGUUCUCGAGUUUUGGCAGACGGUUCAGGGGUUUAUUGAGGGGAAGACGCAGAGGAGCUUGCCGGUUGGGUAUAGAGGCGAGUCGAAGGAGCAUCAUCGGCUGUCUCAACAGGGCACGGUUGAUCUCCAGAAGGGCGCUGUGGAACUGGUCAGUUUGAUUCGGGAGAGUGUGUUGAUGUUUUUUGCUGGGCCUCCGCCAGAGGAUAUCUCGUUGCUGUUCUCGCCUAUGCCGCAGACGCCGAGCACGCCGGGGUAUGGUGGGAAUUUGACACCGCGAGACCCGAGGUUCAAUCUUGAUCCGAAUAAUAUCCCGCCACCGUCGCCGAGGAGAGGGGAGGCUUGGGAGAAGUUUGCGUUUUGGCCGCCGUGGUCUAAUUCGUUGAGUGGUGUUCACUACCUCGCUCGGAUGUUGGUUCUUGUUGGUGCGGCGGCGUGCGAUAUGGCUUCUAUUGAACCGGUCGGGCAGGGAGAUGCAGCCGAAGUCGAGCGGGUUAAGACCCUGGUUGGCGUGGCAAGGGAACGAUGCGUGACUGCGUUGUGCGCGGCGUGGAACAGGGACGCCGAAAACAUCAAGUACGUGGAGGACUGGAACAGGUCCCCGGACAGAAAAGAGGUGACCAAGAUGCCUGCCAGUUUCAAGGCGUUUGAGGGGGCGUUGUUGGCGGGUAUGCAGAACAUUCUCUACAUCUCGGAAGCUAUGGGCAAACCGGGUGCUGGGGAGAUUGUUCUGCCUCCGCCGCCGAAGCUGUUACAGAUGGUUAGAAGCCAGUAUGUGACGACGCUGUACAAGGCGCUGAGCGGGAUGGUGGAGAAUGCGGAAAGGCCGGUGAAGAAGGCGGAUGAUGAGUGGACGGUGGAUGUGGAUGGGUAUGUUCUCGUUAGCAGUGCUGCUGCGCCUAGGGCGUCGACGGCGGUGGGAGGGAGUACGAUUGAUGCUGGUGAUCGGAACGUCCGCAUGCUAUUAACCCUCUCCAACCUCUCGGCCCUCCGCACCGAAAUCGUCCCCGACCUCAACACCCAGUUUGAAAACGCGUUUAGCGUCAAACUCACCGAUGAGACAAAAACCAUCCGUGACGUCCUCAGUCAAAUCGAUGCUCGGCUCUUCCAAUCCUACACCCGCCCCGCCAUUGAGACACUGAAACGCAUCAUCCGCGCUGGAGUGUCGGAUCCAAACUGGGCGCCCUCCUCCCUGUCCCGGCCAAAAGAAGUCCGUCCUUAUGUCUACGAGGCGCUCCUGUCUCUCGUCCUCGUCCACACUCAGGUAUCGACCACAGCCGCGACAUUGACCUCCCAGGUCCUGUCUUAUCUGCUCGAACAAGCCUCGAAGGAACUGCUGGAAGCUUUCAAGUCGAGGCAGCGGUAUAACCUUGAUGCACUGAUGCAAGCAACAUUGGAUGUUGAGUUUGUGGCGCAGACGCUGAGCCAUUACACUACUGACCGGGCAAGCGAGCUCCAGAGCCAGAUUUAUCAGGAGUUGGAUGGGAGGACAGAUAAUGAGGCUAGGGCGAGGUUGCAGGGGGAGUUGCCGGAGAUGAGGGCAGUUCUGAAGAGGUUGAGGGAGGCGAGUAAGAGCGAGUUUGCUUGUUUUAGGAAGCCUAAGAGGCCGGUAGGAAAUGGGUUGGAGAGGAGGGAGACCGGGGGGAGUGUGGGGAGUUUGUAAGGAACGUUUUAUGGAUAUUGAACUUUUAAGGAUCAUUUCAGCAGAGCAGGUUAGGCAUGUUAGUUGGGGAUUUUCAGGGGGGGUUAUGUUGGAAGAGAGAAGGAAAGUAGGUUAUGGGAGUUAGUUUGGUGGUUAGAUGUUUUGAUAAGUCAGAGUGGUUUUGAAGAAGAAUUGUCAUUUGUGUGAUCUUGGGUGUUGUUUGUAAGUUGGGAUAUUGGAACGAGAAGCUAGGAAUGAUACGCAAGAGAACCUGAGAUAAUAGACAAGCAAAGCCGGGACAAAGUUGCGAUCGUAUGCAGGAAAACCUCAGGUUAUGCUUGGAUAAAUUCUUUCCAUGUGUUUGGACUGUAAGGACAGACAGGCAAGUUCAGAUGUAUCAAGUAAGAGAGAGAAACCCUUUCCAAAGCACCC